UUCGCCGCGUCGCAGCAUUCCCCCCAAAACGCCGGCCGCCGCCGCCGCCGCCGCAACGCCAUGAACCACCUCCGACGCCUCACUACCCCCACCCCCCUCCUCUCCACACGACGCUAUCUCCUCACUAGUCACUACCCCCACCUCCCUCCUCUUACUCUCUCUCUCCACCGCCUCCUCUCCGCCACCGCCGCCUCCCCUUCCCCCAAACCCUUCGCCGUCGAGGAGUACCUCGUCUCCACCUGCGGCCUCACGCGCGCGCAGGCCCUCAAGGCGUCGAAGCAGCUCGCCCACCUCAGGUCCCCCUCAAAGCCCGACGCCGUCAUCGCCUUCCUCUCCGCGCUGGGCCUCGCGCGCCCCGACAUCGCGGCCCUCGUCGCCGCGGACCCGCGCUUCCUCUGCGCCAGCGUGGAGAAAACCUUGGCUCCCCGCAUCACCGAGCUCAGCGACCUCGGCCUCUCGCGGGCGCAGAUCGCGCGCCUCGUCCCGCUCGCCCGCACUGCCUUCCGCAGCAGCACCCUCGGCCACAGCCUCGGCUUCUGGCUCCCGGUCAUGGGCUCCUUUGAGAAGGUACUCACGUUUCUCAGGCUGAAAUGCAACAUCCUCGGAAGUGACAUCGAGAAGGUGAUCAAGCCCAACAUGGCCCUCCUCCAGCAGUACGGAAUACAUGUGGGUAAUUUCCCCAAUUCAUUCCUGCCCGUGGUGAUGACCAGGCCCCCUGAGCACGUCCAGGCCGCCAUGGCGCGCAUCAGUAAAUUUGGGUUCAGGCAGGACUCAGGGAUGUUCGCCAUAGCGCUUGAGGUGUUUGCAAUCCACAGCCAGGAGAAGAUUGAUGAGAAAAUCAGGACCCUUGAAAUGUUUGGCUGGUCUCAGGACGAUGUGCUGAUGACUGUGAGGAAGAUGCCACAUUUACUGAACAUGUCGAAGGAAAGGUUACAGAGGAAUUUGGAAUUCUUGGCCAGGGAUGUUGGGCUGGAGAUACCGUACAUUGCUCAAAGGCCAGUGCUGGUUAUGUAUAGCCUUGACCGCCGGUUGGUACCGCGCCAUCAUUUGAUCAAGAUUCUCAAUGCAAAGGGAUUGCUUAGUGAUAAGUUUGACUUAUAUUCUGCAUUUGCCCUCUCUGAGAAGAAGUUCCUGGACAGGUUCAUCCAUCCUUACGAGCAUAUGGUUCCAGGCCUUGCUGGUGCUUACGCUUCUAGCUGUGCUGGAAAAGCACCCCAUGGGCUUACUAUCUGAUGUGACAAAAUGGAACUAGAGGAUGUGUUGAAGUUCUGCUGGGAGUGUACCAAUAGGACUGACGUUUGUAAAAUUGAAAGGAUGGUUUAACGUUUGCUUUCCUGGUGCUAAUUGUUCUUGUGUUUACAAAAUUUGUUGGUGGUGCUCCACUGUAGUGUUGUAGUCACUGACUAAUUAAUGAAUAUUUCAGAGCUAGUCUCCGGUUCCAAUCUAGUCCCAUGUGGAAAUUUAGGAAUGACAUUUCCAGGAGCGACAUGUUUGAUUCGAUACGGGAUGUGUAACUUUGUUCUUUGGUUACUAUAUUUUGCUUAUCCUGAA